ACCAGAUGCAGCAGACAAUAGCUAUCAUCACAUUGCAGAAGGCUAUAGCAGUCAAAUAAUAACAUGAAGCUGUUAUACUGGAGUCUAUUGGGAAUUUUUAUGUAUGAAGGAUCAUGUUUAAAGACUCGCUAUGAUGGGGAUAAGGUUCUGAAAAUAACCCCACAAACACAUGCCCAUGCUCAAUACCUGAGAGAAUUAGUAAACAACUUACAGCUUGAUUUAUGGAAGCCAGACAUGGUUGAAGAUAUAUCUCCAUUAAGAGAGUUGCACGUGCGGAUCCCUUUUUCCCAUUUAGAGGAGACGGAAGGAAAGCUUCUACAUCAAACAAUACCGUUUAUGGUAAUGAUCAAUGAUAUUCAAAAGUUGAUAGACAGCAGCACUGUGAGAGAUAGCAAGCAGCAGAAAAUAUCUCUGGAAAGUUAUAACUAUAAAGAAUAUCAUCCAAUGAACGAGAUCUAUCAAUGGAUGGAUGAGAUCAAAGAGAAGCACAGUGAUCUGGUAACACACCAUUAUUUAGGAAGUACAUAUGAACAACGACCAAUCUACUACGUCAAAAUUGGAUGGCCAUCAGAUAAGCAAAAAAAAGUUGUUCUUAUGGACUGUGGAAUUCAUGCUCGGGAAUGGAUUGCUGUCGCAUUUUGCCAGUGGUUUGUGAAAGAGAUCCUGGCCAAUUAUAAGAACAACCCUGUGCUUCAGAAUGUCCUCAAACAAACUGACUUCUACGUCAUACCUGUGUUGAAUGUUGAUGGAUAUGUCUACUCGUGGACACAUGAGCGCCUUUGGAGAAAAAAUCGAUCCCCACAAAAUAAUGGCACCUGCUAUGGUGUUGAUCUCAACAGAAACUUUGAUACAGCGUGGUGCACUGUUGGAGCCUCUAGAAACUGCUCCAGUCUUAUCUUCUGUGGUCCUUCUCCAGCUUCAGAACUUGAGACCAAGGCACUGGUUGCUCUAGUUGAAGAGAUAUUACCUAGCAUUCUAAGCUAUCUCACUAUUCAUUCUUAUGGGCAAUAUAUCCUGCUUCCAUUUGGCUACACAGCGAAUCAGUCUGAAAAUCAUCAAGAGCUGAUGGAUGUUGCAGUAGAGGCUGCCUCAAAAAUCAAGGGACUCUAUGGCAAAGAAUACACCGUGGGCUCAUCUGGUAUCAUAUUGUAUGAGGAUUCUGGGUCCUCUGCAGACUGGGCUGCUGACCUUAAAAUAAAACUGCCUUACACCUUUGAAUUAAGAGAUAACGGAACCUUUGGAUUCCAGCUACCACCAGACCAGAUUGAACCAACAUGUGAGGAGACCAUGUUAGCUGUGAUGUCCAUGCUGGAAUAUAUCAAUGUAAAGUACCUGGAAAGCAAGGCAAUGACAGUCUUUUCACCUUGGUUAAAUAUAUUGCUAUCAUCUGCUCUCUGCAUGUAUUACAUUCUAACCCAUUAAAUGUUUAAUGCUGUGAUAAACAUAAUUGGAGAGACUUUAGUACAUGUAUUGAAUAAUGUUUAUAUUGAAAUUCAACAAUAAAUAGUAAGAUGGAGUGAAAGAUGAAAACUGUCUAAUUUCUGGUUGUGCCAUGAAUCCCACAUUGACACUCACACAUUCCCUAUAAGUAUUUAUGUUAUAUGCAUAUUUUUAAUACCUAUUAUUAUGAUUAGAUGGAAAGUUAGUGCCGAUUGCCAUACCUGCACUAUUUUGUUAUAUACCUGUUAAAUGACGAUUGAGUGGUUUAUAUGGAUUUCCCAUGAUGGAACUACGUUAAUGGAAAGUUAAAAAUAGCAAAUGCAUAUGUAUUAUAUCAGUAAUCCCUUAGAAAUGCCACCAAGUCAACGAGAUAUUCCCACAAGUAAUCCUUCAUUAUUAUAUUAUUAUGUUGUGUGACAAUGUAAAGAUUUAAUUGUGGUUAGCCAAGUAUCAAAGAAACACUAGAUAU